UUAUGCUUUUCCAUUUCUUACAGGUCACCAGCUGUAAUCAUGGAACCAUUACCAGUAUAAACCUCUACACGCCAUCAGCCUUUGGACACGGGGAGGCUUACGGUGAAAUGAUGAACUCAUCGUAGACUCCAGCGAACAGCAGACAGCUCUAACGUCUGUCACCUCCACCGUGGCCACACCCACUUCUCUUUCCUUCAGUUCCUCUUAAACAUCACAAUUUCCUCCCGUCUAGCUUUCCCGUCUAGAUUACUGGAUGGAAAUCUGGACUCCAAGAUAACACGAUAACACAAAAAGCUUUUAGAGAAACAUUUGUGUUGAAGUUACCUUACUACACAUUUUUCCUUUCUUUUGCUAUCGCUUGGUCUCACCGGCACCUACUGAUGGAGAGACGAAGGAGAGAAUCAGGAUAAAAACAAGUUUCAGUGAACUAAAAGGAAUAGGCUAGAAACGGUAUAGUGACCUGAGUCCUUUGAGUAACGCUUCUGGAAGGAUUGCCCUCUGGGAUUUCUUUUUAUUCCAGCUUUGUGAUAGAAAAACAUUUUGUUUUUAUCCACAGUGACAUUCACAUUUAGCUCUGCGAUCUAUUAACCUAUCUAGGAAUCAAAGAGAGACAGGAAACUAUAUGCAUUUUAGCAUGACGAGGGGGUUAAGAGUCCCAUGUUGGCCCCUGUGGCUCCUUGCCCUGUUUAGCAUUCUCAGCACAGUGAAGAUGUUGGAAUUUGGUGGGGCACCAGGGCAGUAUGCCCGCUAUGGACGCUGGGAAGCUGGAUCAGUGGGCGAGCUUAGUUUCAGUUUGAAAACCAACAUCAGCCAAGCCUUAGUACUCUACCUAGAUGAUGGUGGGAACUGUGACUUCCUGGAACUACUGACUGCUGGUGGACGACUUCAGUUACGCUUCGCCAUCCAUUGUGCUGAACCAGCCAUCCUGCACAUGGAAACACGAGUGAAUGAUGACCGCUGGCACAUGGUUUUACUCACCCGUAACUUUCGUGAAACCUUACUAAUGGUUGACGGAGAGACAAAAGUUGCUGAGGUCAAGUCGAAGAGGAAGGAAAUGGCAGUGGUCAGUGACCUGUUUGUGGGGGGAAUCCCACCUGAUGUACGCCUCUCUGCUCUGACUUCCAGCACUGUGAAGUACGAGCCACCCUUCCUGGGCUUGAUCUCUAAUUUGAAAGUGGGAGAGAUACCGCCAAAGUUGUUAAACAGCCAUGGAAUUGAGAGUGAUCUGGAAUACCUCUGCACCAAACAGAAUCCAUGCUUCAAUGGAGGGUCUUGUUCUAUUCACCAUGGGGAAGUUCACUGUGAUUGUACCCACACCCACUACAAGGGAAAGUACUGCAAGGAAGCUGAGGAGUAUGCCGUUGAAGGUCUGGCGCACCUGACGUUAAACGACCAAGGUGACUCAUCUCCAGUCGGUAAGUCGGUCUCUUUCUGUUCGUCGCACCGCCAUCCUCCAUCCUUUCAGUCAGCCUCACCUCGCUGCCACAGUAACUGAGUACUGUUCUUUUAGCGUGGCUCCAUUAGACGCUGCAGAUGGAUACUGGUGAACAGUUACACAAACUAAUCAUUUGUUUGUAUUUCCACUUGCACACUAGCUGCAACCAAAACAUGUCAUUAGAACCAGCUUUGCCUUUUGAAGCAGGUUCUGAAAUGGAAUACUUCCAGUGUUAUGCGUGUGUGUGGUUACUAGCUGCUCACACUGCUAAAGCCAGUAUGCUGUUGAAAGACUGCUGUCAGUGAUUCACUUGCAGGUCUUGUCAGCUUCAUUGCAAACGGUUUGUUGAAUGGCGUGGCAGCAGGUCUGUGUUUGGAGGGUUGAAAUGAUCUGUUGGGUUGCCGUGAGAGGUUGAGUGCUAGAACUGCUAGCCCUUCAGAAUCAUGAUGUUUGUCCCUUAUGGCCGUUAAAGGAGAGCUCAUAUCAUUGGAAAAGGCUUUUAUUUUUGUAAAAGGGUUAGGAACGAUUAAUAUUUUGUGUGUUUCCACUAACUCUAGUUUUGACUCUUUCUGAUCAAACACAUAAGCCAACAGCUAACGUGGCUAACACCAACGGCGUUGACCUUCACACUGCCAGUCACAAAUCAAACACCUAUGCAGUCUGACAGUGCCUUCAAGUGGGCCAGUGUGUACUGGUAUGCAGUAAAAGUACACCUCAUCCUACUCUGACUUUUGUAUAGCAUACAUGCAUACCAGUACUUUUUCUGGCCAUUUAUCCGUGUAAACAUCUAAAAUGAGAAAUACAUCAGUAGGUUAGAGGGGUCUUUUCCCUGCUUGCAACCUAACCCUAACCCUGACCCAAAAUGAAAGUAAACACGGGCAGUAAGGAUUGUUUUUUGAACAAAACCAGCUGAGAUGGCAGACUGGAGCGCCGCAGCGCUCCACGAGCCUCUCUGUUAGAGCUGGAGCUCAGAUCACCAGAGACCGCACAGGGACCGAUGGGGACAGACGCCUUCAGGAGCUGCUUGUUAAAGAAACACGUAACGAUCACGGCUUCAAUCGCAAUAAAAGCAAAUUAUGUCCAAGAUAAAUGCAAGUCUGCGUCAGCGCAGAGACCGCCCCUUUAUGCCGCCAUCACCUAAUCUUUUAUAAAAUUGCCACGAUUGCACCACAUUACCGCCACGGUCUGAUCUUAUAAACGACCUUUAUCCUCCCCAGGGAGCCGCGGCGAAUCCCGUUUAGCAAACGCUCUGGUCCUGUAACAACAGCUAUAGACUGCUAGAGUUUCAUCAUCAGAAGCUACUGCAGGAGAUCGGUGUAGGAGACUAUUUUCUAUCAGAAGCUACUGCAGGAGAUCGGUGUAGGAGACUAUUUUCUAUCAGAAGCUACUGCAGGAGAUCGGUGUAAGAGACUAUUUUCUAUCAGAAGCUACUGCAGGAGAUCGGUGUAGGAGACUAUUUUCUAUCAGAAGCUACUGCAGGAGAUCGGUGUAGGAGACUAUUUUCUAUCAGAAGCUACUGCAGGAGAUCGGUGUAGGAGACUAUUUUCUAUCAGAAGCUACUGCAGGAGAUCGGUGUAAGAGACUAUUUUCUAUCAGAAGCUACUGCAGGAGAUCGGUGUAGGAGACUAUUUUCUAUCAGAAGCUACUGCAGGAGAUCGGUGUAGGAGACUAUUUUCUAUCAGAAGCUACUGCAGGAGAUCGGUGUAAGAGACUAUUUUCUAUCAGAAGCUACUGCAGCAGAUUG